AUGUCACAAUCCAUAUAUGUUAACGAAAAAACUGGUGUAGAUACCAUUGAAGCUAAGGGAACACAAGAACAACCUUAUGCCACUCCAGCUUUUGCAUUGUAUACUCAUCCUGAUGCCAAAGUCUUUGUUUACAAACAAUCUGAAGAAGAUGCUGAAAAAUUCGAAUAUGUUGAGAUCUCUGCUUCUGCAUUAAAGAAAGCCAAAAAGGGAGUUGAAGGAUUGAAAAAGAAAGCUGAAAAGCAAGCUAAAUUAGAAGAACAAAAAAAGCAACAACAAGCCACUGCCAAAUUGGCUGAAUUGGAUUUAUCAUCAAUUGAAGAAGACAAAUCAUUACCAUCAGCUCAAAAAAUCAAAAUCAGACAAUUAAAAGAUCAUUUGGAUACAAGAGUACUUGUGCAAGGUUGGGUUCAUCGUUUGAGAGUUCAAAAAGGUUUGGCUUUUAUCACUUUAAGAGAUGGUACUGGUUAUCUCCAAUGUGUUUUAACUGGUGACUUGGCCAAAGCCAAACAAACCCAAGAAUUAACCAUUGAAUCCACUGUUUCCAUCAAAGGUGUUAUUUCUAAAUUACCAGAAGGUAAAACUGCUCCAGGUGGGGUUGAAUUGAAAGCUGACCAUUAUCAAAUCAUUGCUUUGGCCCCAAGUGGUGACGAAUCCUUCACUAACAAAGUUCAAGAAAACGCCGAUCCAAACUUAUUAUUGGACCAACGUCAUUUGGCUUUAAGAGGUGAAUCGUUAUCUGCUGUCAUGAAAGUCAGAGCUGCUUACCUGGCUGCUAUUAGAAGAUUCUUUGCUGAAGAAGGCUUAACAGAAGUCACUCCACCAUGUAUGGUACAAAACCAAGUUGAAGGAGGGUCCACUUUAUUCAAGUUAGAUUACUAUGGUGAAGAGGCUUACUUGACCCAAUCAUCUCAAUUGUACUUGGAAACCUGUUUGGCAUCAUUGGGUGACGUUUAUUGUAUCCAAGAAUCAUUCAGAGCUGAAAAAUCUCACACUAGAAGACAUUUGAGUGAAUAUACUCAUAUUGAAGCUGAAUUGGUAUUUAUAACAUUUGAAGACUUGUUGACUCAUUUAGAAAAAUUACUUUCCAAGACCAUUCAAUAUGUUUUAGAAGAUCCAGUUGCUGGACCAAUUGUCAAACAAUUGAACCCAGAUUUCAAAGCACCAAAGGCCCCAUUCAAGAGAAUGGAAUAUAUUGAAGCCUUGGAUUGGUUAAACGAACAUGGUAUUCCAAAUGAAGAUGGAGAAAAAUUCAAAUUCGGUGAUGAUAUUGCUGAAGCUGCUGAAAGAAAAAUGACCGAUACCAUUAACGAACCAAUUUUGUUGACUCGUUUCCCAGCAGAAAUCAAAUCUUUCUAUAUGCAAAGAUGUAAAGAUGAUCCAAGAGUCACCGAAUCCGUGGAUGUGUUGAUGCCAAACGUUGGUGAAAUUACUGGUGGUUCAAUGAGAAUUGAUAACUACGAUGAAUUAAUGGCUGCUCUUAAGAGAGAAAACUUGAACUUGGAUAGCUACUACUGGUUUACUGAUGUGCGUAAAUACGGUAGUGCUCCUCAUGGUGGUUACGGUAUUGGAUUAGAAAGACAACUUGCCUACAUGUUGAACAGAUACACUGUGCGUGACUGUUCAUUAUACCCACGUUUUACUGGAAGAUGUAAACCAUAA